CUUCAGGGACUGGCUAUCAUCAACUUGAAGAAGGUCACUUUUCGUGACAGGAUCAUUGUGACAGGGAGAGUGGCACCAUGUGCCCAGAGUUUUGCAGUCAACCUAGGGCAAAAUGACUCGAACUAUGUGAUUCACUUUAACCCUCGCUUUAAUGAGAGUAAUGGGGUCAUUGUGUGCAACUCCAUGAUAAAUGGAGGAUGGAGUAAUGAGAUGCGGAUUUAUCAGUUCCCCUUCCAGCAGGGAGCAGAAGCCAAGAUGAGUUUCUUGUUUGAAGGCAAGAAGGUGAAAGUGCGUAUUCCUGAUGAGAUUAUAUUCAUGAGCAAUCUAAACCUGGACUACAUAGAAUACAUCUCAGUCGUUGGAGACUUCAUUGUCCAUUCUAUCCGCAUGGAGUGACCUCAGUUGUAACAACCUGUCUCUCUGUUCUGGCUACAAAUGAAUCUGCCA